AUGGAGACAAGUGACAGUGAGGACUCAGCCGUUUAUACGAAUAGAAAGAGAGGUGCAACAUUGCCUUAUGCUGAUAUUAAUAGCAGUGUCGAUGAUGAAGAUGAUGACGAUGUAGAGGACGCUCAUGAUGUCGACGACGAUGAUGAUGAUCAACAUGAUGGCACAUCUUCUGCACCACCUGUAAAGAGGAAGCCAGGACGUCCACCAGGGCGACGCGGCAGACCUCCUGGGCGAGGCGCGAGGAGUAAUAGCAACACUGGCAAUCGACAGGCUGGCUCAAAGAAGACAAACGCUGCGUCAAAAGUCAACAAGGGAAAGAAGAAUAGAACACAUCAACAGCAACACGAAGAUGAUGAAGAUGAUGACUAUCAAGAUGACGAGUAUUAUGAGGACGAUGGUGAUUCUGCCUCAAAGAAGAAGCACAACUCCUCAAUGGACAUUGACGAUGCAGACGUCAGUGAAGAGAUGUCUGCAAUGGAUGACGAUGAAGACGAAGACAUGGAGGACGAAGUGGAUUUUGAACCCGACGAGAGUAUGGACAAUGAGGACGAGGAGUCUAGCAAACCGGCCAAGGGUGGUGGAGGUGGCAGAGGCGGCCACCAGCGAAAGCAACAUGGAGAGAAGACUGUAAUAACAUCGGAUGCCGCACGAAGGAAGAAACAGCAACGACAACAAGACAGUGUAGAAUCACUAGCUCUACAAACGACAUCAACUACUACACUACCCAGCAUGUCAUCACCGCCAAGGAGUGCGCGACUACAGGCUGCUGCAGCAAACAAAGAUGCUGCAGCUGAACACAAGACUGAGGAGCAGCCUGCAGUGCCCUAUCAUUGCGACUACUGUCAGAAGGACAUCAGUAGUUCAGUGCGCAUUCGAUGCUCAGUGUGUGAGGACUUUGAUCUGUGUCUCGAAUGCUUCAGCGUUGGCGUUGAGAUCACACCACACAAGAACUAUCACGACUACCAUGUCGUGGACAACAUGCACUUCCCCAUGUUCACCGAGGACUGGGGUGCAGACGAAGAGCUACUACUACUAGAGGCUGUGGAGAUGUUCAGGAUGGGCAAUUGGAAUGAGGUCAGCGAGAACGUCGGUCACAAGUCACCAAUGGAAUGCAAGACACAUUACUUUACCUAUUAUCUAAACACUAAUACAUCACCAUUACCAGAUGUGUCCAAGGUAUUGACAACGAAUGAGACUGUAAACUUUAAGAGAGCAAAGGCAACAAAGUACAACCCUACAGAUAGGAAGAAAGGACCUCAAACUGAUUCAGAGGGUCCAUCAGGACCCGUAACAGACUCUGUUGGAUUUAUGAAGAACAGAGGACAGUUUGAAUCAGAGUUUGAUAAUGAUGCCGAGGUAGUUGUCAAGGAUCUUACAUUUGAACAAGAUGAUACUACUUCAGAUAGAGAGACUAAACACCAGGUAUUGGAAGCAUAUAGCCAUAGACUGGACGAAAGAAUCAGAAGAAGGAACUUUAUCAUUGAAAAGGGACUAUUGGAGUAUAAGAAGAUUGAAAGAAAGAGAUUGAAGACAGAUAAGGAGAUAUAUAACUCAAUGAAGGUAUUCCUUCAGGUCAUGUCAAAGGAGGAUCAUGAGAAGCUGGUCAAUGGAAUAAUAGCAGAGAAGAACAUGAGGGAGCGAAUUGAACAGUUGCAGAACUAUAGAAUGAAUGGUGUGCGCACACAGGAGGAAAGUCUUCAGUACGAUGAGGAUAAGCGAAAGAGGGACGCAGAGAGGAACCUCAGAAAGACCAAGAGCGAUCUGGCCUAUCACACUGAGAAGCCACCAGUCAUCAAGAACCUGAAACAGAUGACCAAGGAGAAGGAGGAGAUAUUCUUGGGCAUUGGAAAGGGUGCCACUGAGCGCAAGUCGCUCAAGAUUCGAAAGAAUGUCUCACUGGAGAUGGAUGGUUUGCCAAACGUCGACGCGCUCUCUGUCAAGGAGAAGCAGCUCUGUUCAAACCUGCGACUAUUGCCACAUCAAUACCUGUUGAUCAAGGAACUGCUCAUUGGUGAGAACCUCAAGACUGGCAAGCUCAAACUGAGCACCGCCAACAAGCUGUUGAAGCUCGAGUCGGCCAAGGUUGUCAAGAUUUACGAGUUCUUUGAACAAAGUGGAUGGAUCAAGAGAGACGGUCCUGCACCUGCUCCUGCCUCUGGAGGACUGACACAGAACAUCACUAGUCAUGCCAGCUCAGCCAACUAA